AUGAUCACCAAGGACUUCACUCUGCCCACUGAGGAGGACCUGACGGUGCAGGAGAUCAACAUCAGCACUCCUGCUUUACGUGCUGCUGCCUUCCAUGUGGGGAAGGAGUAUGGAAGUAAAGUUAAUGCACAGAGUUACAUUGAAGUCGGCAAAUCUACUCCCAACCGAAAAGGCCAUGAUAAUGUUUGCAGUUGUAUCACAGCAGUUGUUUCAAAUAUCCUCUGUGCCAUUCAGGACUACGCAAGAGUUCAUCUGGCCCGGAAGAAGAAAAGAUCCCCGAAGUGCAUCUCUGAGGGGAAGGGCCCUGAUGCCCGUUUCCCUUGA